CGCAUUACCGCGAACAGUUUAUAACGAUCGGCCCGUACAAUCACGUCGUCGUCGUCGUCCUCGUCGCCGUCUGUCGUUGUCGCGUCAUAUUUUGAGACGGUGAUCGCGGUUCGAUCAUAACGCGCCGCCAUAAUAUUGUAACAUUAAUUCUAACAAAAAAAGUAUAGACAUUUAUUUUGUCGACGUCGUCGCGUAAUAGUAGGUACUCAAAACGAUUUGACCAGAUAAUAAUUCCGUGUCGCCGCCUGCACCACUCGACCGCGUACGACGCGCCGCUCUUUACCCCGAUCAACACACAACCCGUUUGUUUACACGAGAGACCAGCACACAGAGACGGCCCGAGACAGCUCCCGUUCGUCCGCCGUCGAGUCGUCAGCCGAUGUCAACUGCAGCACGAAGCUGUAGUCACGCCGCCGUGGUCGGCCGCCGACGUCGCCGCCGCCGAAUCUCUUCCGUGCUGCCGCUGUCUGCCGCCGCCGAUUCGCCUAGGACUACUAUUAGUCGUGAUAACGACAGCUGCUGUCGUUCCGACUGAAUAUCUGACCGACGACUGCAAACUGUACGGGGUGUCAUCGACAUCUUAUGUGGCCAAAUAGCCUGUCAUCUGGAUGCAGCCAGGAGAGCGGCGGGGAGUUGGGCGGUUUCCCUGCUACUGCCGCGGCCGCAGCGUUCGCUGCCGCGGGUGGCUCGGGCGGCGCGCCGCCGUCACUAGGCUCGUCCAUGCAGGCCGCCGCCGCUGCGUACCACCUCAAGACUUCGGCGGCGUCUUCGCCGUACGCCGCAGUCAACAGCAUCGGGCUGAUGGAUUCGCUGCAGACUAGCAUGGGCUGUUACCCGACAGCAGCUGGCCAGAAUUACCAUCACCAUCAUUCCACCACGUUGUCCCUGUUCAAUCACCGUACACAACACAAUUACAGCACAAAACUUGUGGACUGUGUCGGAAAUCCAAGAAAGCAGAGGCGUGAACGAACUACAUUUACCAGAACGCAGUUGGACGUUCUGGAAACGUUGUUUGCCAAAACUCGAUAUCCGGAUAUAUUCAUGCGUGAAGAGGUGGCCCUAAAGAUCAAUUUACCCGAAUCAAGAGUACAGGUGUGGUUCAAGAACCGGAGGGCCAAGUGCCGGCAACAGGUGAAACAGAACCAACAGCAGCAUCACAACGGCACGGGAACGGACAAGACGGCGUCUUCUAGAAACAACUCGGCCGGCAACAACGGCCAAAAGUCGUCGGGAAAAUCGUCUGGAGGCGGCGGCAACGCGCCGGUUAACAACAACAAUAAAAUGUCACCGACAAUAAAUGGUGGCGUGGGCGGUGGUGGUGUGGGCGGCGGUGGAGUAACGAGUUCAACGGCAGGCAACUCGCCCGUGUCCACCGGCACGUCGCUGUCGUCCAGUCGGCAGUCGCCGCCCGGCGGUGGUUCGUCGUACAUCAAGCCGAUACUGAGCGGUACGCCGCCCAUACAACCACCGCCUUCUGUGUACCACCCUAGUUCCGGCGGUGGAGGUAAUACGCCUGGAUCGAUAUGGAGUCCCGCCAUCACGGAACCACCACCGGGACUGGUGGAUUUACACCAUCACAGCACCAGGUCAUCUCCAGUAGGUUCCAGCGGUGGCUACUCGACCAACGGCAGUACUGGUGGCAAUUGUUAUUCGUCACAUCAUCACCAUCACCAACCGCAUCAUCACCAUCCGCACCACCAUCACGCGGCGGCGCAUCAUCACCAGAACUAUGGCGGCUACUACUCGAACAUGGACUAUCUGGCGCCACCGCCGACAAUGUCGUCGCAUCAAACAGCCGAGAACGGUUCGGAGUCGGCUUGGGUGAAGCGCGAGGACGCAUCGUCGUGGUUUUAUAACUCGGCGGGCUGGGAACGCAAGUAAACAACUGAAACCAGGGCCGGAGUUGUCGCACGCCGCCGCCUUAUGUCUUUCCACGACGUGGCUGUUCGCUGUCAGUCAUGGGAGGAGAUGUAUCUUUUCGCGUGGCGGCCUAUGUGUAUUAUAAGUUCGUGUAAAUAAAUUAUCAUAUUCGCGCUGAUGCCGAAGACGACGUUGGCAACAACACAACAGCUGCCAGAAAACCACACACAGAUAUACAUGAAUGAUAUAUAUGCUGACAAAUCAUAUUAUUUCGACUCGCGUGCGCACGUCUCGCCGUCUGUAGAAUAUUAUGAUAAUUCAUAGUGUAUAAUAAUAUUUUAUUCAGUGUGUAGGCGUGCGUUUACGAUAUCGGUCCGCAGAUCAAUAUAUUGACGAUCAAGAGUAAAUUCAAGCGAAGUAUCAACGAGAACAGCUAUGAUUCAGUAUAUUAAUUAUUAAUAUGUUAUUGUAUGAUAUGUGUGUAUAAUAAGCGGUAAUACGUUUAAUAUGACGUGUAAUCAUUCACGUAGCGCAGUGAAACCUUUCUCACAUACCUACAUUAAAUUAAUAAGAUAGUUUUAAGUGUUUGGUCUCCCGUUCGGUCUCCCGUGAAUAAACGCUUAGACAAAAAUAUUGUAACGCUUUGGAAAAUGAUUUCCUAAGUACGCGACUGCCCCCAAUGGACGAUAGAUAACCCUUAGACGCGAAGUCCAACCGAUUACGAUUUAAGUAAUAUUAGUUGCAGUAUUUACAUAACACCUAUAUUAUGUUACAAAAUUAAUUCUUUUUAAACUAAAAGUGUUUUGGCACACACACACACACAUGUUUCCUGUAAAUGUUAACUUAUUUAGGAUUUUGAGUAUACAAGAAAGUCUAUUAGGUACCUACCUAUUUAUUUUCUUAGAGGUUUCACUGCGCUUAUCAUAAAGUAAUGCGAAUGUCGUUUGUAUAAUAAAUCUUCAGUGAUCUCGUUUAA